AUGCUCGUCUCACGUCAUUUCGAUAAACCGGCAGAUCAUGCUGAAAGUAUUUUGUCGGGAUUCAAAUUGAAUUGGAUGAAUUUGCGAGACGCGGAGAAUGGCAAAAUUCUUUGGCAAAGUGCUGAAGAUAUGGCUGAUCCAAAUGCUGAACACGAAGGUGAGCAAAAAAAAACAAGCAAAAAGUCUCGGAAUAAACCAAUCAUCACAAACACUAUGCCUGGGGCGGUAAGUAAUUUCGUCAUCGACGGGGAAUCGAACCAGCAAGCCUCGCGCGAAAGGCAAACACAUUGCCUGCUGCGCUAUGAUGUCUUGUUUCUCUCGCCGGUGAAAUGGCAAAGAUAUGAGAAAUGAAAAUUCAGUGGUUGUGUGUGUGGAGAGAGGGAGAGAAAAAGUUUUUUUUUGCAGCACAUGUCCCCAAAAACAUUCUGAAGUGUCGUACGGUUUCACGGGAAAUCAAUUUCACAUCGCAGAAAAGAAUCGAAAAAUUCCGAUUGGAACAGCGUGUUUAUUUGAAAGGAACGAUUAUUGAAGGUUGGUUAGAUAGACACGCGAUCAUUUUCUAUUCUAAUCGUGUGAUGAAUAUUUGAUUUUGUGUGUGCGUAUUCCUAUUUCAGGUGUUGUUCUGAAUAUUUGAAUAUUUGAUUUUGUAGUGACGCAGAUCUUUAAGAUACUCUUGACAAUUUUUUUUUGUGGUGCGCCUUUAAAUUAACUAAUUAGCUUUAUUCAACUUCAUUGAAUCAAAUAACAUUCUGAAAAAUCCUGAAAAAAUGUUUUGUUUCAGAAUGGUUCUUCGACUUCGGUUUCGUAAUCCCUGAGUCCACAAAUACUUGGCAAAAUAUGAUCGAAGCUGCACCAGAAGCUCAAAUGCUUCCACCAUCUUUGUUGAGUGGAAAUGUUGUUGUCGAAACACUUUUCUAUGAUGGCGAAGUUCUUGUGAGCACUUCGAAAGUUCGUCUGUUUUAUGAUUAA